AACCUUGAGGCUAAUCCUUUAGCCCAAUUAAAUAUUAUCAAAAUACCGGCCAUCAUGGAUCCAGAUUGUUUCGCCAUGUCCUCGUAUCAAUUUGUCAACUCUCUGGCAUCAUGCUAUCCCCAACAAAUGAAUGCACAACAAAAUCAUCCGGGCAAUCCCAGUGGCACCGCUAAUACACCCAACAGUAAUGGUGGACCGGGAGCGGGUAGUACGGGUAGUGCUAAUUCAGGCGCUGCCACUCCCGGCAAUGAUUAUUUUCCUGCUGCCGCUGCUUAUGCACCCAAUUUGUAUCCAAACACACCUCAGGCUCAUUAUGCUAAUCAGGCUGCUUACAGUUUAGGGGCAGGAGGCGGCGGUACAGCUGGCCAAACAAAUCCACCCGAAAUGGUGGACUAUACUCAACUACAGCCACAACGUCUCCUCAUGCAACAACAACAACAGCAGCAGCAACACAAUGCUCAUGCGUCAGCGGCGGCACAACAUGCAGUUAGUCAACAGCAGCAGCAACAACAGCAGUUAGGACAACAACACCCGCAACAGCAACAAUCAAAUAUCAAUUGUAAAUACGCCAAUGAUCCCUCAACACCUACCGGCAACAACAACACCACCAGCAAUAACAACAACAACAAUCAAUCAUUGGCCAGUCCCCAAGAUCUAUCCACCCGAGAUAUUUCCCCCAAACUAUCGCCAUCGUCGGUGGUGGAGAGUGUGGCCCGUUCACUGAACAAGGGCGUGUUGGGUGUGAAUCUGAAUAACAAUCAUGCGAAUAGUGUGAAUGUGCCGAUGCACAGUCCCGGCGAGGGCGAUUCCGAUUCGGAGAGUGAUAGUGGCAAUGAGGCGGGCAGUAGUCAAAACAGUGGUGGCAAGAAAAAUCCACCUCAGAUAUAUCCCUGGAUGAAGAGAGUACAUCUUGGUCAAAGUACUGUUAAUGCCAAUGGUGAAACGAAACGACAACGGACCUCAUAUACCCGCUAUCAAACACUAGAACUCGAGAAAGAAUUCCAUUUCAAUCGUUACCUGACCCGCCGAAGACGCAUCGAAAUCGCUCAUGCUCUCUGCUUAACCGAACGUCAAAUCAAGAUUUGGUUCCAAAACAGACGCAUGAAAUGGAAAAAGGAACACAAAAUGGCCUCCAUGAACAUAGUGCCCUAUCAUAUGGGUCCCUACGGCCAUCCCUACCAUCAAUUCGAUAUUCAUCCGUCACAGUUUGCCCAUUUGAGCGCAUAGGACGCGUGGCACUUUUCGGGUACUGGUUAGAGGCUCAAUCAGUUGUAUCAGGAACCAUAUCAGGCGGCGGCAGCAGCAAGUGUAGCCGGCGGUUAUCAAACACAAAACUCCCAAGAUUUGGUGGGCGGUAGUGGCGGCGCAGGUGCUAAUAGUGCAGCGAGUGGUGUUGUUGGUGGCACAAAUGCACUAUUUGCCUCUGCUGCGGCCGUGGCGUCGUCGACGACGUCAGCUACCGAUUGUGUUAAAUAUCCGCAAGAAUUCUGAUCUCAAGUUAUCAUUGGACCGCAACAGAGACUAAUGUCAUCAUCGUCGGCCUCAGCAUCAGGUUUGUCCUUAUCCGAUAAUCUGGCUGUAGAAGAUGAUGAAAAUUAUCAUUCUCAAAAUAAUCAUAAUCACCAACAACAUCCUCAACAUCAUCAUCAUCUACUACCUCAGAAUCAUCAGCUCUGUAAGCAGGAGUUUGAUACAAAUUCACUUUUAAAUGACACUGCCUGCGAUACACGAAAUGAUACUGAGAUCAGUAACGAUAACGACUUGUACUGCUGCUAAAAAAUAAAACGCUAAUCUAUGACAUCAGCCGCUGUUGUUUGUUUGAAGAAGAACAAAACAAAAAACACUCAAAAAACAAAGAUGUGAUCAAAAUGAUAUCAAAAUAUAUAGAAAAUUAUGAAGUUCCGAAUACAACUGAUUUGAGCUAAGCUACAAGAAAAAGAAACGAACUUUUUUCCUAAAAAAUAAAAGUGUACAAA